CCGUCGUCCGCCGCACACAGCCCGUCACUGCACAGUCGGCCGACAUUGUCCGGUACAGUCCCGCCGCCGCCGUCGCACGCAUCACCCCCCCGCACACGAAAUACUCACACGAUGGCUGCUCGCCGUACCGCCGCCGCCGCCGCCGCCGUCACCGCCGCCGCGGUUCUGCUGAUUGUCGACCAAGUGGCCUCCGCCGCGUUCGUCACGACGCCCGAAGGUAAGCGGCCGUCAGCGACCGAUUUUCGUUUUCGUCGGAAAAAUCGGAAAUCGGUUGUUCCGUAUUAUGUGGGGGUUCUAUUUCACCGCGAUUUUACAGACGUCCGAGGACUCUUACGCGGCGGUCGGUUUUACUCUGAAACGUUAAAAAAAAAUGAUGUGAAAACUCGUCGGAACCGUUACGGUACUAUUCCAAAUUCGAAUUCGUACUAAAUCGUCGAAAAUACCACACUCGAACGAAACCCCGGGUGUCGAUAAACGCGUGCGCGUUACACCGGCGAUAGGAAAUCAAACGGCAUUUGGAAACGCCGACGCGAACGGAGUCUAUAUCAUUUUUACGCUCAUUCUUUUUGUCGCGACGAUACGCCCGGGAAGUCUCCGGUCGGGCGGUUUCAAUUGAAAAACGUGACGCGCGCCGCAAGAUGACGCGUGUAAUAUCGCGCAGACGCGCAAACCCCCGAAGACUUACGGCCGCGGGCGAAAUAAUAUUACCAAAAUGGAAACUCGUUCCGUUUUGUUUGUGUAUUUCCCCCCCCCCCAGCAAUUUAUCAGCAACCGACCGAGCGAUAGCGACGCUAAACGAAUCGUUUCUAGACGAUGUCACCGUUGAAAUGACGCGCGUUUCGUUUUGCCAUUUUUCCCAAUUGGGGGAACGGGAAUUCGCGUUCACGUUCCCCGUGAAUAGGAAACGCUUUCACCGUCUAAUCGUUUCUGGACAUUUGAAAAGGAACGUUUUCCGAGUUCGGGUGUCCUACGAAUGGAACGGCCACUCCCCUAUCCCCCUCCCCCUCCCGACACUGAAAUCGCCAAUAUGCCAAUAUUUGUCUGUUUAAACGUAUACGCGUUGGACAUUUUUCAGUGGUCGUGAUGCGGCUGAAGCGCAGCGCCGAACCGAUGCGGUCGUUUUCGUUCAGCGGUUUCAACCCCAACGGUCAGAUGGCGGCGUUCACGGGCGCGGCCGAGUACCCGAUGUUCGCCAACUACAUGCCGCAGCCGUCCCAGUACAACCCGUACGGCUACGACGGGCCGCAGGAACAGGGCGGAUCGUACGGCCCGCAACAGGCGGCGCAAAACGCGUACGGGCCGCAGAAGGCGACGCAACAAGACUCGUACGGGCCGCCGCCGUCGGGCGUCGCGGAACAGCAGCCGACCAAGAAACAACAGCCGUACGGCGACGACGCAAACGGACAGGAGUCCGGGCCGAAACCGAGCGGCGUGGCGCCCGCCGAUUCCAAGGAACAGAUCGGCAACAGCGCGGAACAGGCCGAUGACAACAACACCAACAACUACAGCAACAAAUACAACAAUAACAGCAUUAAGAAACAAUAUAGAGGUGAGCGUUUAUGUUAUUAGGGGCGAUAUUAUCGGUUGGGGUGGGGGUGUUGGUAAUCGUGCGCGAAUUUUCGGGGAAAUUACCGAUAAACACGCGAAAUCGUUAUUUUUAACCCGGUGCAAUUUCCAUAAUUUCUCGUCCCCUAAUCGUAAUUUCGAAUCGAAUCCGGGUGGAUCCGGAUUAGGAAAUCGCUGUCGGAAAACGGGCGUUAAAACCAAAACGGUUACGAAUUCGAAUGGAAUUUCGUAUAAUUUUUUCAUCCUAAUCUACGAGUCGGCAAUUUUAUAUUUGCAACGAAAUUGUUUUACUAUCCGCGACUUUCCAUGAAUCGCCCUGUCGAUUAACGAAUUCGGUUAGAGGAGUUGCAAAUACCCGCGGACCGAGCGUAUGUUUGAUGUCCACGGUAAUGCAGUGGAUGGAGUUUGGUUUAUAAAGUCGUACAUUUUUCGUUUAUUUCUCGCCCAAACAAGUUUUUAGAAAUAUUUGCAUCGGUGCCCGACCGGGGGCGGAAAAGGGGAGGGAGGGGGAGAGUGGUUGAAAACGAGGAAAUUGGCCGGUUUACGUGAUUCGCGUGCAAACAUUUGGUUUCGUGCCCAAACGACUUGCGCGCAAAAUGUUGCGAGUAAAAUCACGUGCGCUGGUGUAAUAUUCAUUGCCGUCGACCGAUCGCAUCCGCGGUCUUGGUAAAAAUAAUACGAUAUUUUAAGGUUUUCCGUAUAAUUUCGUCAGCCGCCGUCAAGGUCAUUGCCGUCGGCGUGACCGGAUAACACAGUGUGUAUUGUAGGCGGGUAGAGAACGACGGGAGAGACUAGUCGGAAGUGGUUUGAGAAACGAGAAGAGACGGUGGUCGGCCACUGUAAGAACAGUUUUACGGUUACAGUUUUGUCCCGGAAGGGUAUGGACGAGGAGAUUAUCGAAAUGAACACGCCAAGACGGUUAUGGACAGGAUUGUAAGUGACGGUAUGAGGACGGUCGGGAUGUAUAUUACGGAUGACGCGGGAGACCGAGUGAAGCAGAGAUUUAAAACCGACGUGACUGAAUAGUCAAGAAAUAUAGAGAAGAGAUUUUGUACGCCAGGUGUUCCCUUUGACGGAGACGGCUCGAUAAUUGCGCAGAACCACCAGCAAUAUUUAAACGUAUCGUAUUGUUUUAAGCCGGACAUACGCGUUGCACCGCGCGAACAGGUUACCGUCGUAUUAGUUGGGAAGGUAGGGGCGAUUCGGCUUAGAGAUAUUCUGUGUGCAAACCAUUGUAAACGAUAAACGAUUCUGAGCGACGUCCGGAAAUCCGCAAAAAUCGAAAAAGAACCGACGAGAGUUUCGAUAGUUUUCGGGUUACAGCGCGGCGGUCGCGCGAACGUCUUCAAUAACGGAAAACGACCUUUCCGAGGGUGGCUGGCUGACCGGAGGGAAGGGGGGGGGAAAUACACGUUUCGUAAAACGUUCAACAGCUCUGCCCCGUUGUCCUCGGGACAAACACUAAUCUAAUGUUAUCGAUGUAUUUUAUUUUUAUUUUUUUUUUAUUUUUCUUUUAUCAACGACCGCUUUUGUACCGCUAUCGUUUCGUUCCGAACAGGUAAGGAGGGCCCGAGCAGUAACGCGGAAGCUUCGUUCAACGCGUGGUUCCCGAUAAUGUUCGGGGUGUUCCCGAACGGCGCGCAAGGCGCGGGCCAACAGUCGGGCGGCCCCGACCGCAGUGACAAGAACGACCAGGCUAAUCAGCCGCAGCAGCAGCAGCAGCAAGGAGGCAACGGCUACGAGAGACUGGGAGGAGGAACGACGGUGAUCGCCAACAGCGUGAGCAACGGCCGGAACGGCGUGGCCACCAGCCACGCGAUCGCGUACGGAAAUCCCCGGUCGUCGUCCAAGUAAUCGGCCGGCGAUGUUGUUUAUAAUAGCGUUCUACUGUUGCAUUGCAUCGUCGUCGUUGUCCGCAUUGCUGUACGGUUGUGUAAUGUUGAACGGGGAAAAAAAAGAAAAAAAAAAAACCCAUAUAAGAAAACAUAGAAAAAAAAAUUUAAAAAAAACCAAAAAAAAAAACAAAAAAAAAAAAAAAAAAAAAAAAACAAUGGUAGUGCUUGUUGCGGCGCCGGUAUCGCCCGCAUCGGUCGAGCAUUUCCAUGACGCAAUAUCGCAUACGUAUAAAAAGCAACACGGCGUUAUUAUAACACUAACGGUUAUGGGUCGGGCGGAAUAGGCCGACUACAUUAUUAUUAUUAUUAAAUAUAUUGUACACCUCGUAGCAUUAUUGUACUAUCAAAAAAUUUACAAAUAUAUAAUAUGAUCAAUAA